AUUGUUUUGCUCUUAGCAGGAACUGAUAUGUCGGCCGUAACAAUGGAGUGGGCAAUGUCUCUUUUGUCGAACAAUUCGGAGGUUUUGAAGAAGGCUCAAGUGGAAAUUGAUGAUGUUGUGGGCAAGAAUCGUUUGGUUGAAGAAUCAGAUUUGAGUAGGCUACCGUACCUUCAUUGCGUCAUAAAUGAGACUCUCAGAAUGUACCCAGCAUCUCCAUUGUUAUUUCCUCAUGAAUCGUCAAAAGAUUGUGUUGUUGGAGGAUUCCGAAUUCCUUGCGGCUCAACAUUGUUGGUGAAUCUAUGGGCAAUACACUAUGAUCCAAAGAUUUGGAAGGAGCCAAAAAAAUUUAAGCCGGAGAGAUUCCAAGGAUUGGAAGGAAAUAGGGAUGGAUUCAAGUUCAUGCCCUUUAGGUCGAGAAGGAGGGGAUGUCCGGAUGAAGGACUGGCCACGCAUGUGGUGGGGUUGACAUUAGCGUCACCAAUUCAAUGCUUUGAGUGGGAGAGGGUUGGAGAGGAAAUGGUGGAUAUGGUGGAGGGGAUUGGUCUCACCAUGACCAAGGCCCAUCCUUUGCAAGUAAGGUCUCACCCGCGUCAAGCCAUGGUUGAAUUGCUCUCUCAAACUUAGAAGUCUUAAACCAGAUUGCCCUUACUUUUGUGUGUUUGUAGUACAUGCCUUUGUUUUCCCCCCAUCAAUUACUCUGUUGUAUUUUACAAAAGUCAAGGAAAUUGAACAUAAAUAAAAGUUAAUAAAACAAAAAUGUAAUG